AAAUAUCAGCUGAUAACGUGAAGUUGGUUACGAAAGUCUGUCAAGACGCCAUUGUUAUUGUGAAAAUUUGCUGUGUUGAAUCACAGUGUUUGUUCUUUUAUCUAAGUGAUCGUGCUUAGAAAUUGAUAUUAUUGCAAAUUACACAUCACUUCUUAUCAUUCAAUAAAUUAUAUAGAGGAAAAGCAUUGUAAUGGGGCUUGUUUGUUCCACGGCACAGCUGGCUUGCCUUUGUGGCAGCACAGCUUGCAGUUUUUGCUGUUCUCAGUGUCCAUCAUGUCGAAACAGUACAAGCACUCGUAUUAUGUAUGCAUUGCUAUUGAUGCUUGGAACUAUUGCCGCUUGUAUUACAUUGACUCCUGGUUUACAAGAUGCACUUAAAAAGGUACCAUUCUGUGCUAAUAGCACAAGUUACGUUCCAUCAACAUUCACCGUUGAUUGUGAUAUUGCUGUUGGUUAUCUGGCAGUGUAUAGAAUAUGUUUCAUUAUCGCUCUAUACUUUUUCUUGAUGUCUGUUAUGAUGAUUAAAGUACAAAGUUCUAAAGAUCCUCGGGCGCCUAUACAAAAUGGGUUUUGGGCUAUUAAAUAUCUCUUAAUUAUUGGUGGGAUAAUUGGUGCCUUUUUCAUUCCUGAAAAAUCAUUUGCUCCAACAUGGAUGUAUUUUGGAAUGAUAGGUGGUUUUCUCUUUAUUAUUAUUCAAUUAAUUCUUAUAGUUGAUUUUGCUCAUUCAUGGGCUGAUGAAUGGGUUGGUAAUUAUAAUGAGACUGAAUCAAAAGGAUGGUAUGCUGCACUCUUAGGAGUAACAUUCCUUUUUUACGCUAUUGCUGUCACUGGAGUUGUAUUACUCUUCGUAUAUUUCACUCAUGCUGACAGCUGUGCCUUGAAUAAGUUUUUCAUAUCCUUUAACUUAAUCUUGUGCGUAAUUGCUAGUAUUAUAUCAACUCUUCCAACUAUACAAGAACAUCAUCCACGGUCAGGACUUCUUCAAUCAUCUAUUGUUACAUUGUAUGUGGUUUACUUAACGUGGAGUGGAAUUUCAAACAGUCCAGAUCAUGACUGUAAUCCUGGGCUUCUCCAAAUAAUUUAUGGUAACGAUGCUCAUGCACAACAGCUUGUUGCUUUUGACAAAGAAAGCAUCAUUGGGUUAAUUAUUUGGUUCAGUUGUGUAUUAUACAGCUCUUUGCGUACUAUAUCAAAGUCGUCCAAAAUUACUAUGUCUGAAAAUAUUUUGGUCAAGGACAAUGGAGCUGUCAGGAAUGCAGGAGACCAGGGUCUUAUCGACAAUGAAGAUUAUACUCCGGUAGAAGGUCGCAAUCCUGAUGCAGAAAAUGGAAAUGAAGCGAAAGUAUGGGAUAAUGAGGAGGACACUGUAGCAUAUAAUUGGAGUUUCUUCCACUUCGUGUUUGCUCUUGCCACAUUGUAUGUAAUGAUGACACUGACCAAUUGGUAUCAACCAAACGCGACUUUGACUGCUCUGAAUUCCAAUUACGCUUCAAUGUGGGUAAAGAUAAUAUCCUCGUGGAUGUGUUUGGGUCUCUACACUUGGUCAUUAAUUGCUCCUGCAAUUUUAACAAACCGAGAUUUUUCAUAAACUCAUGAAUGUAUUUGCAAAAUAAACGGGAGCAGUAAGUAGUAGGUAUUCAAAUAUAUAAGACAUAGGAUAAGCAACGGUUAAAACAUUUUUCAAAUUGGUACAUAAAUACAUAAGUUUAUCAUUUUGGAGCUUCCAUAAAAAUGUCUUAUUUAAGAGAUUUGGAUUGAUUGAAAUGCAAGUUAUGGUCCACUCAAAAGCACCGUGUUCUAUUUUGGUAGAUUGUAAAAUUGUUCAGUUAUAUAGAAAAUUAGAAAUAUCAGUGUAUUUGUUUUUAUUAUAUAUGUGCUAAUAUAAAAGAAUUACGUAGCAAUGGUUCAUUUAUGUUUCCUACGACAAUAGAUACUUUCAGUUUAAAAUACUUAUACAAUACUACUGAGGAUUUUAAAUAUGGACGUAGUUAUAAAUCGCGAUAUCGUUAUAUAUAGAUGUUGGAAUCUGCAACCAACGGGAGUAGAUGAACGCAACCAAGUUUAUUUAAUGACUAUCUAAUCUGAAAUAUUAAAUUGGAGCUAAAAAAUGUUUAAUAAGCUCGAACCCACCCGAUUAGUAAAGGUGAUUUUUAUGAUCUCCAAACGCUUACUCACUUCUAAAUUUUUAUUUAUUAUAAUAAGAGUUAUUUUUUUCUCUUAUUCGUAUUUUAUAUCAUUUGAAUAACAUUAAGUGUAUUACAUGAUACUAUCGUAUUACUGAUUUAAGUUACAUGAACUCUAAUUGCAAAAAAAAGGAAAAUCGAAAUCCAUGAUGAAGAAAUAAUCUUGCUUAAUUAAUUUUAUUUUUCAAACUUCUAUUUUUGUUCAUAGUUUUGUAAACGUUGUAAGAUAGUUAUGGAAUUAUCGAUUUCUACAUUUAUAUACACAUAUCUUAUAAAUAAGACUGGACGUUAUUAAAAGCAAAUAAUAAACGAUUUCAAUCAGAAAUGAAUAAGGACUUCAAUGAAAGCGAGCAAAUAAACGUGGUGCAGGCUUGUGACGAUUUGAGUUAUGAUAGUGGGUUGAUAGGAAGAAGACACUCACAGGUCUAAUUGGUCAGAGUGGAAGAAGAUACGCUUAUUUUUACACGCAUUUUUCACUCUAGUGUGCUAUUUGCUGAAGUGCUCACACAUGCUGUUAAUCUGAUCGUGUGACAGUACAUCUGAAAUUUCAAAUAAAAUCGGGCGGGUAGAGCAUUGUCAGUAUUGAAUAAAAUUAAAUAAGAUAAAGCAACAAAGGGAGUAUCAAGCUAUGCAAAUCUCUUUUGGAAUAAUACUCUGUACAAAUUCCAGUAUUCCAGAUUUCAUAUUUAGUUCAGUUUUUCUAUUUGGUUCAGUUCCAAUGAUAAAUGUUGACAGUUUAUCUAUAUAAUUAAAAAAAGAAACUGAAUUGCAAAUGUCAAUGUCACAAAUCUGUUGAUUCUGAAAAGUUUUAACUAAAGAAAUAUAUCUUUGCUUUCUAACACUUGUUUUGAAGCGACUCCUUCAUGAACAAGCGUCUGGUCAAAUGAAAGAUUUUAUAACAAAUCCCAACUGGUACUUGGAAUAUGUUCGAAACAUUAUUUUUUACUAGAAAAUUUAUAUAGAAUUAUUUAUAUUUUAAUAUUAAUAUUCUUAAUUUUAAAUAAAUUAAUUAGAUCCAGUAUUACCCUUUAUCAAACCGUUCCCGUAUAUGUCAUGGACAUGGCCGUUAAGUAGUUCAUAUUAAUUAUAAAAGAGUUUCGCAAUGUUAUACAAGUUUAUGCUACAAAUGUGCACCUAGUGACACUUGAAAAGCGAUUUCCACAUCUUGGCACUCACCUUGUAAGUCGCAACCAGUUGAAGAGAAGGGCGCUUCCAACAUACCCGUUUGUUGCAAAACUUUAAUAAACGUAACGACAGACUGUAAAAUGUUGCAGAAUCAAAUUAUUUCAAACAUAAUUAUGUCUUUCAGAAGCAUUUUGUUUAUUCAUAGUAUUUAAUGGAAAUUGUUAUAAUUAUAAAAAUCAAAUAUUGCCAUAAUUAAUGAAUAAUCAACAUAAGCUUACAUCAAUAUAAUAAAUGGUUGUACAUUCUACCACAAUUUAUCUUUUCAUUCCUAGUACACGUAAAAUAUUCCUAAGGAUAAAAUUAUUUUAUCGAGAUAACAUAACAAAACCUUAAGCUUUAAUAAGUA